UUCAGAUUUGUUUACCACAAUUUGGCUCUGUAAGCAGAAUGGAUUUUCAACUGAUGGAGAAGGAUAUGUAUGGCGAUGUGGAAAACGAUGAAGAACUGAUGACCGAAUUAUUAGCUUUAGAAGCAGAAGAACGAGCUGCUGGACAUAUGCCUUCAGUAUGCACGGAUGGUACACGUGAAUGCACCACAAAUCAACAUACCAUAGGUCCUCAUGAAUCAGCUGCACAGCCUUCACAGCGAAUGAGCGGCGCGUAUGGCAUUUCAAGUAUAUCAGAUGCAUCAGAUGAAGAUUUGGAUAAUAAUGAUGAGGAGGAUGUGAACGAUCCAGAACUUCUAGCAGAACUUUCUGAUUUGGUUGGACAGGAGGAUGGUGCUGCUUGUGAGAUUGAACCACCAGCAUCUUCUAAACCGCUUGUUCCUUCAAGAUUUUCAUAUGAAUCUGCUGCUGACACGGCAUUACUUCGUAAGUUGCAAGAACUUAAGGAAGAAUAUACUUCAGCGCUGGAAGCUGCGAAGGAGGAAAAAGAUCUUUUGCGCACCAAAAGGUACCAAAGGGGAUGUCGCAAGAUCGAAGAACUGUUACAGAAGGUGCAAGCAAGAAAAGUAAUAGAUGAGAAUGACAUUCCAGUUUCAAUCAGAGCAAUUCGUUCUGAACUGCAUGCAACGGAAGCUGACUCUUCAGUCAUUUCCAAACUGGAGGUAUCCGCAAAGCCACUACUGCCACCUGAAGUAAAGCAGGUCACUGCGGAAGAAACCAGUAAACUAUCUAACACUUGUCAAAAACCAAUUAAGAACUUAUUGAAAGGAGAACAGCUAAGAGCAGAAUUAACUAAUCGUCGAGAAUCCUAUAUCAAAAACGCCAAAGCAGCUAAUGCAUUAGGUGACAAAAAAGAAGCUUAUGAAUAUUACGUGGUUGCGAAGCAGUUCGAUGAAGCAAUUAAAGCUAUGAAUGAUGGGCAGGUAACAGAAUGUGAGGAGAAUGAACUUCCACCUCCGGCCACCCCCUACAGAUCAAUCAAGCAUGAAGAAAUUUUUCCUCCUCCAAAGACGCUACUAGACGAACUGCAGCAGCGCAUGCAGAAAUAUAAAGCUUUAUGCGAUCAAAACCGAGUUGAAAGUGAUGAUCGAAAGUACAGAAUGAAUGCUCGUAUUUUGAAGCGAUAUGAAGAUGCGCUUAGAGCUUGUCGUUCAAAUAGACCAGUCGAUAUCAAUGGACUGCCGUGUCCUCCUGGAUAUCCACCUCUUGCUCUAAACAUGACUACUAGCGCAAAUGGAAUAGUAAUGUUACGAAGACCUCUACCUGAAGUGGGACCGUUUGUUGCAUCUGAGCCGUCAGUGUCAGGAAGACAGUCACGUCAGAAGCAACAGCUUGACUUUCUGCUCAGACGACAACUACAGUUCAAGGAAGUUGCUAUUGCUGCAAAGAAAAAGGGUGACAUGACUACUGCCAAAAAGUUUUUACUUGCUGCAAAGGGUUUUGAUAAAAUGAUUUCUGCCUCGAGAAGUGGUUUACCUAUCAAUAUUGAGAAAAUACCCGUUCCACCGCAAGUCCGAGCAUCUGCAAAAGCGCUCAAGUCAUCAUUAGAGUAUCACACAAGUUUCGAUGCUGCUAUUAAAGGCACACCUACUGAAGUAUUUGCCACAUUGGAAAAGGAUCUCAUUUAUCAAGUAAAGCUUUGCGAAGAAUAUAGACUUGCUUUUACACAAUUGGGUGAUGUAACUCGAGUAAACAUGUUUGAAGCCUGGUCUGCCAUUUCGAAAAGAGACUUAAUACUUUUACGCGAACUUGCCAAAAGGAAUGCAGCUGUGCCACAGUUUCGAUACGAAACUCGAGACAUACCCUCGGUCGAAGUGUGCUUGGAAAUAGAUGAGCAUCACAUCGAAUUGGCAAUAAUAAAAGUAACCGAAGCAAAGUUACCGGCAGGUUGGAAAUCAUCUGACGGUUAUCUGUUUGUAAAGUAUAAUUUUGCAUUUCCCCACGACGCUCAUCAAACUGGUAGAACUAAAGUCAUAGCUGCCACGAACUCACCAGAAUACAAUCAAAAAUUCCUGUUAACAAUCAAUCGGAAAACGAAACAGCUGCAAAGAAUCAUUAAAAGGAACUGUUUGAAAUUUGAGGUUUACCAAAAAGGUGGCUUUUUGAGGAGUGACAAAUUGAUCGCCACAGCCGAUUGUAAGUUGAUUGAUUUGGAAGAAAAAGUACACAUCCACGAAAGUAUAGAUCUGUUGGAAGGACGGAAGCAAACAGGAGGAAAAUUGAAUUACCGGGUACGUGUUCGCGAGCCUUUGGGUGGAAAGAAGCUCUUAAUAAUGCAAAAAAAAUGGUUAAUAUUAGAAUCGUAAUCUUAAAACAAAGGACGACUGAAUGUUUGUUUUGAAUAAUUUACAAUUAGCAAUUAGACUUGAUGUCGUAAAUUUUAUAGAGU